CACGAACGAGCUCGUCUCGAACAAGUAGUGUAACUCGCCACUGAUCCUUGCGAAGAGAAACAACCAUGAAGACCCAGGUGCUCCUCCUCGCGGUGGCCGUGCUCUCCGUCCUCGCAGCUCUGCCCCUCGCCGAAAGCAAAGGGCGCGGGAUCGGGGAGCGCGCGGAGGCCCCGAAGGCGAGCGCGUGGCCGUGCUGCGACACCUGCGGCGCGUGCACCAGGUCCCUCCCGCCGCAGUGCCUGUGCGCGGACGAGGCCCCCGGCGGGUGCCACCCGGCGUGCCGGAACUGCGUCAAGUCCACCGUCGACGGCGGCAGCGACGUCUUCCGCUGCGCCGACCGCAUCACCAACUUCUGCAAGCACGGCUGCACGCCGGCCGCGUGAUUGGUUGGACGCCGCCCGGGAUCCUGCUCUGCUGUCACCUGAAUCAUGCCGGCAGCUGCCUAUUAUAGCUCCUGCCUUUGGUUUUCAGUCUUCCAGUGUUCCCUCUGCAUCCUGCUCUGGAUGCGGAGAAGAAAUCAGUGUUUUUUUUCCUUUUAAUGUCUGGUCAUGGACUCAUGGUUUUCUUACUGUUUCUGGAAAAAGACCCGUAUUCCACGCACAAAUAAAGGUAGAUCUUCUGCAA